AUGAAUGCCAGCCCCCAGGAAGCCCUGAUCUCCGCCUUCCUGCAGUUCAUCGAGGCGCGGGGCCGCUGGUGCUACGGGGCGCUGAGCCAGACCUGCCGCCCCCAGGAGCUGCGGCUGCGGAGCGACAUGAACCUCCUCUACCGGAAGAGCGGCAAGGUGGAGUGGAAGCAGCCGCCGCCGCCGCCGCCGCCGGAGGCCAAGGGCGAGGAGCCCAAGCGGGGGUCGACCAAGGAGACGGGCGUGGGGAAGGCGCGCGACGUGGCCUCCUUCCGCCGGCAUUUCAGGAUGGGGUUCAUGACCAUGCCAGCCUCCCAGGAGCACGCCCCGCACCCUUGUGCCAGCAGCAUGGCGCCCCGCUCUCUCUCGUGCCACUCCGUGGGCAGUGUGGACAGCGGCCCCACGGACGGGGCGAUGGGUUCUCGCAAGCCACCCGCGAAGCCGAAGCGGCACCCCAGCACGAAGCUCAGCACGGAGGCCCGGAGCGCCCUGGAGCUGAUGGGAAGCAAGAAAGGAGGGUGUCAGAAGGCUGGGGUGGAGAGCCGAGAGGCCGCCCGCAAGGUGCCCCCGCAGAAGCCCAAACGCAGCCCCAACACGCAUCUCUCCGUGUCGUUUGACGAGACCUACUCCGGGCGACUGCCAGGCCCGGCUGCGGGGGGCGCUUUGCAGCGCUACGGCCGUGCCGCGUCCCACGGCCAGGCCAAGGGCUCCGACGCCGAGGAGGACGAGCCGGUCUACAUCGAGAUGGUGGGGGACAUUUUCCGGGGACCCGGCCCCCCCUCCCAAGGAGUCACCGCUGCGGAGGACGACUCGGACGAGAGCGAAGCCAUUUACGAAGAAAUGAAGUACCCGCUGCCUGAGGACGGGGGGGAGCCCCGCCCCAACGGGGCCCUCGCCUCCCCUGGGCAUCGGCCCCCCAAGAAGGAGGCUGCCAAGGGGGCGCCGAGCAGCAAGACCUCCCCGUGUGAGAUCCCAGCCCCCUUCCCCAACCUUUUGCAGCACCGCCCCCCUCUUCUGGCCUUCCCCCAGGGCAAGAAGGGGUACAGGGGUCCCGACGGCUCCAAACUGCCCAUCCUGUGCCACGCCAAGGACGCCCCCUCGGCCCCCAUGACCCCCCAGGUGCCCAGCCACCACCAUCAGCGGGGCAGCGAGAACCCGGCCCUGGCGCCUUCUGGGCGGGCUCGCAGCCACUCCACGCCGCUGCCCCCCCAGCCGGCCAGCCAGAGCAAGCCAGACAAGGAUCUCCCCGUGUCUCACAGCAUGAUCUGCCCCUCCGCAAAGCCGCCGCCCCCCACCCCAGCCCUGCCGGUGGCCUCUAUCCCCUCCGGGCUGCCCGGGAAAGACAAGCCAGCGGUCUCGUACACCAUGGUUUACUCCGCAGUCAAGGUCACGACUCACACGGCGCCCUCCGAGCAGAAGGCGGAGGAGAUCUCGGUCCUGCACGGGAUGCUGUGCGCCCGCCCGUCCACCGUGCCCGCUUGCAAACAGGUGCAGCGCAUUUGCACGCUGCCCGAGCCGCCCCCUCUGGGCAUGGUCUGGACUUACCCGGCGCCCUGCGUGGGGCUCAAACGCCCCCCGGCCUACGAGAGCAACAAGAGCCUGGCCACCAAGGCAUCCUCGGCUGUCAAAAUUCAGCUGCGGGACCGGGCGUUCGCCAGCAUCCACCAGGUGGUGUCCGGGGAGGAGUGCGGCCGGCCGGCCGGAGAGGAAGAGGCCUUCGGCUGGAUGCUGCAGAGGAGAGCCGGCGUCCGGAAGGGGAAGGAGCCUGACAAGGUCCCAGACUGCCCCCAGGCGUGGGAGGGCAGUGAAACCGCUCAGCCCAAACUGGAGAAGGAAGAGAAAGUCCCGCCAAGCCACCCGCAGUCCAGCAUCCCGGUCCGCGCGCCCGCCCUCGAGUGUCUGGCCGCCAAGAUGCCCGGCGGCAGGACCAACCUGCCCAUCCCCUGCCAGACCUUCCCUGCCUGUCACCGCAACGGAGAUUUCACCGGUGGGUACCUUCUAGGCCGCUCGGCCUCCACUUCCGGCGUCCGACAAGCUGUGAUCCACAAUCAGAGGCUGUGCAGCCAUCCCAGGGACCCAGACAGCCCGGCCUUGCCGUACGCCCCCCCGCUGCCCACCCCGGAGGCCCUGCAGAGCGCGCGGGAGAGGGACGGGAAGCUGCUGGAGGUGAUCGAGCGCAAGCGGUGCGUCUGCAAGGAGAUCAAGGCGCGGCACCGCCCGGAGCGCAGCCUCUGCAAGCAGGAGAGCAUGCCCAUCCUGCCCAGCUGGCGGAGGAGCACGGAGAACCGCAAGUCGGGCACCCCGCCCUGCCGCCGCCAGCAGACGGUGCUCUGGGACACGGCCAUCUGA